AUGUUCAAUGGAACGACUAAUUUGGAUGUGCUACUAUUUGCUACGCAGCUCUGCAGUGAUGACUCCAAAGGCUGCCGGCCCCCCAUGAACAUCGCCGGGGCCUGGGGGAGGGGCUACACCGGCAGGGGUGUGGUUGUGUCCGUCUUAGAUGAUGGCAUCGAUGGAGAGCACCCAGACUUGAAAAGAAAUUACGACGCUCUCGCCAGUUUUGAUGUGAACGGACAAGAACGACAUCCUUCGCCGAGUUAUUCCGUGAUGGCUGCCAACUAUCAUGGGACUCAGUGUGCAGGAAUGGUGGCCGCCGCCAUUGCUGCAAACCACUCCACAUGCACCAUGGGAGUGGCUUUCCACACAAGGAUUGGAGGCGUCCGGAUGCUGGAUGUACCGGAUGGAGAAGUGACGGACACGGCAGAGGCGCAGGCACUGAGCUUCAAACCACAACAUGUUGACAUCUACUUGGCCAGCUGGGGGCCAGAUGAUGACGGCGCCACUGUGGACGGACCCGGACCCCUGACUCGCCUUGCUUUGAAGAAUGGCAUCCAAACUGGCCGACACGGGCGGGGCUCUGUUUACGUAUGGGCGGCGGGAAGCGGCGGUCACAGAGGUGACCACUGCUCAUGUGACGGCUACAGCAACAGCAUCUACACCAUCUCCAUCGGCAGUAGCAGCGGCCGGGUCCUCCAGAACCAGCCGGACCACCAGGAGAGGUGCUCGUCCACGCUUGCCACGGCCUCCACCGCAGAUGAGAUCUCCAUGUUGGCUCCACAUCAGAGCUGCGGUGCGGCUAAAUGGGGCCCGGCCCUCUCUGCCUCAGCGGCGGCGGGCGUCAUCGCACUCACCCUGGAGGCCAAUCCUCUGCUCACCUGGAGAGACAUCCAGCACAUCAUCGUUCGGACGUCAGAUACUCGCCAGCUUGUGGAGUCAGACUGGCAAACGAAUGGUGCCGGACACAAAGUGAGCCACCUGUACGGCUUCGGCUUGCUGGAUGCCGAGAGGAUGGUACUGCAGGCGAAGCGAUGGCGGCGGGUCCCCCCGCAGAGUGCGUGCACGGUAGAGGCGCCCACUCCGUUAAAGAGAAUGCUGGAUGCGGGAAGGUCGCUGACAUCAGUGUUGGAGACAUCCGGCUGCUCUGCUUCAUCCCAACGGCCGCAGCACGUGGCCUUCGCGGAGCACGUGGUCGUGCGUGUCACAGUGGCUUGCUGUCGCCGUGGCGACCUUUCCAUUGCGCUCACGUCGCCCUCGGGUACCGUGUCACAGCUUCUCGAUAAAAGGCCUCAUGACAACUCCACUGAGGGUUUUCACCAGUGGGAAUUCAUGACAACUCACUGCUGGGGGGAGCGGGCGGAUGGGGAAUGGACCUUGAACAUCCGUGAUUCUCCCUCUGAAGGGAGGGAAAACUCUCAAGCGGGGACACUGGAAGAGUGGUCUCUGGUGAUUUACGGCACCCCACGGCAGCCGUAUCCCGCUCGGCGCAGGCCGGCGCGGUCGGCCGAGAUACUGAAGGACGCCGACUUCGCUGAAGAAUACACUGGACCCUGCGACCCAGAGUGCAGCGACGACGGCUGCGAGGGUCCCGGCCCUCGGCAAUGUGUCACAUGUGCCCACUUUUUCCUUAAAUUGAAGAACAACACAAGAAUGUGCGUGUCCGGGUGUCCACGGGGAUUCUGGGGCGAUAGGCGCCGUUGCAAGCGCUGCUACGCCACCUGCGAGAGUUGCACAGGAAGUCGCAGUGACCAGUGCACUUCCUGUCAAGCCGGAUAUCACCUGACCGAGGGAACCAACACCUGCACCACCGUCUGCGAGGAGAGCUACUUCCUGGACCACGAUGGAAAUAUGUGCAGGAAAUGCAGCGAGAAGUGCUCGAGGUGCACGUCCUCCAGCGUCUGCACGGAAUGCAAAGCAGACGCGAGACUGCGUGGGAACCGGUGCCAGCGACGUUGCGCGUCAGGAAUGUACCUCGACGAGGCUGAGGGCCUUUGCAAAGCUUGCCACCGGGUGUGCACCGCCUGUGCAGGCGCCGGCGUAGAGGCGUGUACGCAGUGCGCGGAGGGCUACCUGAUGGAGGAAUGGAGGUGCGUUCACUCCUGCAGCAGCGGCUUCUUCGCCACAAACCCGGAAAUGGCAGACGGGCGCUGGGUGUGUAGGAGGUGCGACGCCAGCUGUCUCACCUGUGUCGGGCCGGGCCGGGCCAACUGCAGCAGCUGUUCCAGCGGCCACAGCCUGCAGGAGGGCGAGUGUGUUCUCCACACGGCGUGCGCAGAUGGGGAAUACCAGGCCAAUGACGGGAUGUGCCACCCGUGUCACCCGACAUGCUUGAAGUGCACGGGACCGCAGCAUCUAGACUGCAUCAACUGCGACGCUUCACACGCUCUGGACGAGGGUCGCUGCCUGGCGGAGUGCUCCCGAGGCAAGUACCAGUCGGGUGGGCAGUGCCACCUGUGUGACCACACCUGUGCAACCUGUGUGGAGGCGGGGCCUGCCAACUGUACUAGCUGUGUCACCGAUAAGUUCGGAAUGGAGCGUUACCUCCACAAAGGCAGCUGCGUGGACGCCUGCCCCGAGGCCUUCUACCACGCCGACGAGAGGAGCUGCGAGGCCUGCUCGCAGCGCUGCACGCUCUGCACGAGCGCCUCCCACUGCCUGAGGUGCAACUCGUCCCACUACGUGUCCGACGGCGCCUGUGUCAAACUGGAGUGCGGCGAAGGGGAAGUUGAAGAUCCAGAUUACAGCGACUGCAUGGCCUGUGAGGAGGGCUGCAGGCAGUGUGUCUUGUAUAACCCCAGGCAUUGCCUGUCCUGUAAAGAAGGCUUUUACAACUUCCAGGAUGGCUGCUACAAAAACUGCCCCGCCAAGACCUACAACGUGGACGUAGAAAUGACCUGCGUCCCGUGCGACAGCAACUGCGUCAGCUGCGACCAGCACGAGUGCUACUGGUGCGAAACGGACCUCUUCCUGUCAGAGGGAAAAUGUGUGUCCGUGUGCCCUGAGGGAUUUUACGGUGACGAGGACACCAACGACUGCGAGGAGUGCCACGGCGAAUGCACGACGUGCAGAGGCCCUGGGGACGAUGACUGCGUGUCGUGCGGUGAUGGCAAAAUGCUGGAAAACGGACAGUGCGUGACUGAAGGCGACGUCUGUCCCGUUCUGACCUUUCGCAGCGGCGAUGGCGAAUGUAUGGAGUGCCAUCCAUCGUGCGAGUCCUGCUCUGGAAAAAACAAGAACCAGUGCACCAAAUGUACAAAAGGACGCUUUCUGAGCCCUCAGCAAACGUGUGUGUCAAAAUGUCCGCCGGGUUCGUUCGGCGACCGACUGAGCGGCAAGUGCGAGGCGUGCCCCGCCGGCUGUUUGCACUGCGUGGACCUUGAGCGCUGCACCCGCUGCCUGAGCCGCCCCACAGCGGUGUUGUUCCUGCAGGACGGCCAAUGUGUCCAGCAGUGUGUCAGAGGUUAUCCCGUCGGUCAGGUGUGUCGAAGCUGCGUGUCGGGCUGCGUGUCCUGCGAGAAGAACUCCACCUACUGCCUGAGCUGUGAAGAACCUCUGCUGCUGCUCAAUCACCGGUGCGUGGAGCAGUGUCCCGCGGGUCACACGGUCCACAUCCAGGAUUGCCGACGCUGCCCCGUGGCCUGUGAAGAGUGCAGCCCCCUUGGAGAGUGCACAGCCUGCGAGGAGUAUCACUUCCUCCACGAGGGUGCGUGCAUGCCCGACUGCCCCGAUCGCUUCUUCGGCGAUAACGAGCGGCGGGAGUGUCUGCGCUGCCGCGCCGACUGUCGCUCGUGCGACGGCCCCGGACGCGACGACUGCGACGCUUGUGAGGACCCCCGGGCCGCGCUACGCGACGGAGAGUGCGUGACCCCGUGUCCCGCUCGGACCUUCAUGGACGACGCCACGGGAGAGUGUCAACAGUGUGACGUCUCCUGCCUCACCUGCGUGGGGCCCUUGGCCGGCUCCUGCUCUGGCUGCAGAGAGGGCCACAGACUGGAAGGUCGCGGACUGGAGGGUCGCGGCCAAUGCGUGCCGUCGGCCGACGAGUGCUCGCCGCACGAGUACGUCGACGAGCGCGAGGAAUGCCAGCCGUGCCACAAGAACUGCCGCCGCUGCUCCGGCCCGGGGAAGAACCACUGCUUGAGCUGCAAGCAGAGACGUCUUCUACUAAAUGGCAGCUGCAUUGACGAAUGUCCGCCAAGUUUCUACGCCGACGAGUCGCGGCAGAAAUGCGAAGCGUGCCACCCGACUUGUCAGUCCUGCGCCGGGAACGGCAGCCACGAGUGUCUGGCCUGCAAGGACCGGCUCUUUCGCCACGGCAACGAGUGCGUGGAGACGUGUCCACACAGUCACUAUGGCAACCAGGCCUCAAGGGCGUGCGAGCCAUGCGGCCCCACUUGCAGCGAGUGUUCGGGGGACGGGGACUGCCUGAGCUGCGCACCAGGACUGGUUUUCAUGCCGCGGGAAGGCCGCUGCCUCCACGCCUGCCCUCGCGGGUUCUAUCACCACCGAGAUGAUGAUGACGACGCGUACGCUACGUGCGAGCGUUGCCACGGCAACUGCGCAACGUGCUCAGGAAAGGGUUCUCACUCCUGUGACUCGUGUGGGCCUGGUUACUUCCUGUCAGGCAGCACGUGCGUGUCUGUGUGCGACACGGCCAAGUACCCGCUAAUGAAGGGUUCCAGUCACAGCUGCGAGGACUGCGACGCAUCCUGCCUGCGUUGCGAGGGACCCGGCCCGGCCAACUGUAGCGCGUGCCCCCCACACGCCAUCCUUGAACCCGGGGGGCGCUGUCUCCUUUGCUGCCACGCAUCCCCCGCCGCGCACACGCGGGAUUGCUGUAACUGCACGGAAACAACAGGGGAGUGCAUCCUCAGCACCAACCUGGCGUUCAGGAACAAAGACAAGGAGGAUGAGGGGAAGGAAGAGGAGGUGAGGGGCAACCUGGUGGUCUUCAUCAUCACGUGUGUCCUUCUAGUAGCCGGACUCGCCGCCACCAUCUUCCUCAUCCAGCACUCGCGCUCCAAAAGGGCGCCUUCAGACGGGACUCCGCGCGGCUACGAAAAACUGGGUUCCGGUUCCGGUGGCUACAGCUCCUCCUCGUCUUACUACAAAGGCACGCAGAUGGAGGACUUGGGCAAACGCUACUCGGUCGGAAAAGAUGAUGUAGCUGAGGAUGACGAAGAGGACAUUGUGUACAUGAGUCAGGACGGAACCGUGUACAGGAAGUUCCGCUACGGACAACCGGGCGACGACGAUGAUUUGGAGUACGACGAUGAGAGCUACACGUAUCGAUGAAGCUUAUUUUCGUUUCUCACCUAAAAUAAGAAAUAAUUAAAAUAUAAAAAUUCUUUUCAUGACUUCUUUAUUAUUAAUAAUAUUAGAAUAAAGUAGUGUGCGACCGUCUUCAUUGAUUCUUUUGUCAACCCUAAAAUAAGCCACUGAGUACACGAGUGGGCUAACUCCAUGUUUAAGUUAAGUACAGAAAUAAAUCGAGAAAAGGCCUAUCUUUCAGGUGAAUACUGGUCUAAAUCAAAUUUGUUUAGUUCCAAUUUUCACAUGGAGAACUAGAGCGAGCUAACAUAAAUAGAGAAAAGGCAUAUCUUUCAGGUGAAUACUGGUCUAACCGAAAUGAGUUCAAAGUUUGACAUAUCGCUGGUGUCCGGCGGAAUCCUCACACCUCCAAAAACGUCGAUUUUUGGAGGUGUGCCUCCAAAACAGCACCUUUGUUGAACCAUUAACAUUGAAUCGUCAAAAAGAGUAAGCCAUUUUCAACACUUUAAAUUGUUCAGUAAUUUGUAAAAAUAACACACACGCACGUGGAGACAGACCAAUAGUAUCGUACCAGAGUAGGCUAGCUCCAUUUUUAAGUGCAGAAAUGAAUAGAGAAAAGGCAUACCUUUUAUUUCAGCCCAUAAUUGCACUUAGCACUUUAUUCUUUAGCUUGGGUGCCAGCGCAUCUGCAUAUUAGUAAAAGUGAAUGUUAUCUUUCAUGAAUUGUUGACUGACAAUGUUUGGACUUAGACCACGAUUGUACUCAACUUUUAGUGGUAGCCAUAAAAUUUUAAAUUACACUUCUAUAUUACAAAAAUUGUGUUAGCUCUCUCUAAUUGUAUUAUUGACUUUUAAAGUUGCCUCUCUUCUCCGAAGCCGAAAUAAAGCACAAUAUUAGAAAUGUUAUAA